AAAAUUUUUUCUCUCCUUUUCAAACGCAUGCGCUCUACGACCAAAAUAUUUUUUUUAUAUUCGGGUUCAAUUUACACUCGAACUCGGGUGUAGGCUAUUAUUCCAAAAGAAUCCAUUCGAAACUUAAUUCAAAUCCAUAAUUCAUAAUUUCUUAAAUCCGUUCAAAAAAAAAUGCCGAUCGGGGGCGAAAUUGGAUUUGCAACAUUGCCUGAACAUGUACACCGAAAAUCAGCUAAAAAAGGAUUUGAUUUUAGCAUAAUGGUUGUGGGCGAAUCUGGCCUUGGCAAAUCUACUUUGGUAAAUUGUCUUUUUCUUGGCGAUCUUUACAAAGAUCGUAAAAUACCUUUGGUGGACAAACUUCUCGAACGUACUGUCAACAUUGAAAAGAAACAAUUGGACAUAAUUGAAAAAGGUAUUAAACUACGUGUGACCAUUGUGGAUACUCCUGGAUUCGGUGAUUCAUUAAACACAAGUGGUAGUUUUCAAGUAGUAGAAAAUUAUAUUGAUGAACAAUUCAAUCAAUACUUUAAAGAUGAAUCUGGAUUGAAUCGUAAGAAUAUUGUCGACAAUCGUAUUCAUUGCUGUUUGUAUUUUAUUUCACCAUUUGGUCGUGGACUUUCACAACUGGAUAUUCAAUUCAUGAAACGAUUAAAUUCGAAAAUUAACAUUGUUCCUGUCAUUGCUAAAGCUGAUUCAUUGACAACCAUUGAAGUUGCUCAACUUAAGAAAAAAAUUCUUCGUGAAUUAGAAGAAAAUGGAAUAAAUAUUUUCAAAAUUCCGGAAUGCGAUAGCGAUGAAGAUGAAUUGUAUCGCAUCAAAGACAAAGAAAUUCGUGAAAGUAUUCCAUUCGCCAUAAUUGGCAGCACGACAAGUAUAGAUCUGAAUGGUAGACGCAUUCGUGGACGUGAAUAUCCAUGGGGUAUUAUCGACAUACAGGAUGAACGUUAUAGCGAUUUUAUCAAAUUACGAACAUUCCUUAGUUUACAUAUGCAGGAUCUGAAAGAUUCAACCAGCGAUGUUCUCUAUGAAAAUUAUCGAACUAAUUAUCUGGCUCAAUUGAAUGGUGGCCGUAUUACUGAGUUGGAUUCUAGUGGUUUAUCAGCCGAUCGAUUGCUACAAAUCAAACAGGAAGAGAUUCGGCGAAUGCAAGAACAAUUGAUGAUCAUGCAGGAACAAUUGCGGCAAACAUCACGACCGGUUAGCAAUGCUCAAAGUUUGAAUGAUCUUUUGGACGAUAAUGAUCCUAAUGGUGAAUGAAACAGCAAUCAAUAUUGAUGAAAAAUGUCAAUUACCUUGUUCACCGAUCAAAGCACACACAUUCCCUUCUACUAUAAUCUAUAAGCUAUUUAUAAUUUUACCACUCUCAUACCCACCUCGAUACUAGUCUUAUGUCAUAUGAAAUUACAUUUUUGGUGAAUCCUAAGCACUCCGAACAUUUUAUAUCAUUCACAUGCAUGCAUUAACAUUUAUUUAAAUUUAUAUAUGCAAUCAUCAUUUUAACUAAAUUAUUUCGCUUUUUUUUGACUUUUUAUAUUUGACCAAUAAAUCUGAUUAAAUAUUAUUAUUAGUCUACAAGA